AUUCUUAGGUGAAGACAGACAAAACACAAUGAACUUUACGUGGUUUGCCGUGCUCAUCUUUGCCCUGUUCGCUGUCGUAUCGGCUGGCAAAUGCCCUGCCAACUUCAAGGCCCAGGGCGGAAACUGUGUUGCCGAACGUCCCAUUCACGGCGAGUGCCCCGUUGGCUCCACCUACAAGCUCAAUGUUAAUGCCUGUGUUUAUGGUGCCUAGUUUUGAGCUGAGCUUGAUUAAAUAAAAUGUAA